AUGCUGCUGCUAGAGGUGGAGGCGGGUGGAGCAGGAGGAGAGUCCUGGCUGCUGCUGCUAGAGGUGGAGGCGGGUGGAGCAGGAGAGUCCUGGCUGCUGCUGCUAGAGGUGGAGGCGGGUGGAGCAGGAGGAGAGUCCUGGCUGCUGCUGCUAGAGGUGGAGGCGGGGGGAGCAGGAGGAGAGUCCUGGCUGCUGCUGCUGCUAGAGGUGGAGGCGGGUGGAGCAGGAGGAGAGUCCUGGCUGCUGCUGCUGCUAGAGGUGGAGGCGGGUGGAGCAGGAGGAGAGUCCUGGCUGCUGCUGCUGCUAGAGGUGGAGGCGGGUGGAGCAGGAGGAGAGUCCUGGCUGCUGCUGCUGCUAGAGGUGGAGGCGGAGGUGGAGGCGGGUGGAGCAGGAGGAGAGUCCUGGCUGCUGCUGCUAGAGGUGGAGGCGUGUGGAGCAGGAGGAGAGUCCUGGCUGCUGCUGCUAGAGGUGGAGGCGGGUGGAGCAGGAGGAGAGUCCUGGCUGCUGCUGCUGCUAGAGGUGGAGGCGGGUGGAGCAGGAGGAGAGUCCUGGCUGCUGCUGCUGCUAGAGGUGGAGGCGGGUGGAGCAGGAGGAGAGGUGGAGGCGGGUGGAGCAGGAGGAGAGUCCUGGCUGCUGCUGCUAGAGGUGGAGGCGGGUGGAGCAGGAGGAGAGUCCUGGCUGCUGCUGCUAGAGGUGGAGGCGGGUGGAGCAGGAGGAGAGUCCUGGCUGCUGCUGCUAGAGGUGGAGGCGGGUGGAGCAGGAGGAGAGUCCUGGCUGCUGCUGCUGCUAGAGGUGGAGGUGGGUGGAGCAGGAGGAGAGUCCUGGCUGCUGCUGCUAGAGGUGGAGGCGGGUGGAGCAGGAGGAGAGUCCUGGCUGCUGCUGCUAGAGGUGGAGGCGGGUGGAGCAGGAGGAGAGUCCUGGCUGCUGCUGCUGCUAGAGGUGGAGGCGGGUGGAGCAGGAGGAGAGUCCUGGCUGCUGCUGCUAGAGGUGGAGGCGGGUGGAGCAGGAGGAGAGUCCUGGCUGCUGCUGCUGCUAGAGGUGGAGGCGGGUGGAGCAGGAGGAGAGUCCUGGCUGCUGCUGCUAGAGGUGGAGGCGGGUGGAGCAGGAGGAGAGUCCUGGCUGCUGCUGCUAGAGGUGGAGGCGGGUGGAGCAGGAGGAGAGUCCUGGCUGCUGCUGCUAGAGGUGGAGGCGGGUGGAGCAGGAGGAGAGUCCUGGCUGCUGCUGCUAGAGGUGGAGGCGGGUGGAGCAGGAGGAGAGUCCUGGCUGCUGCUGCUAGAGGUGGAGGCGGGUGGAGCAGGAGGAGAGUCCUGGCUGCUGCUGCUGCUAGAGGUGGAGGCGGGUGGAGCAGGAGGAGAGUCCUGGCUGCUGCUGCUGCUAGAGGUGGAGGCGGGUGGAGCAGGAGGAGAGUCCUGGCUGCUGCUGCUGCUAGAGGUGGAGGCGGGUGGAGCAGGAGGAGAGUCCUGGCUGCUGCUGCUGCUAGAGGUGGAGGCGGGUGGAGCAGGAGGAGAGUCCUGGCUGCUGCUGCUGCUAGAGGUGGAGGCGGGGGGAGCAGGAGGAGAGUCCUGGCUGCUGCUGCUAGAGGUGGAGGCGGGUGGAGCAGGAGGAGAGUCCUGGCUGCUGCUGCUAGAGGUGGAGGCGGGGGGAGCAGGAGGAGAGUCCUGGCUGCUGCUGCUGCUAGAGGUGGAGGCGGGUGGAGCAGGAGGAGAGUCCUGGCUGCUGCUGCUAGAGGUGGAGGCGGGUGGAGCAGGAGGAGAGUCCUGGCUGCUGCUGCUAGAGGUGGAGGCGGGUGGAGCAGGAGGAGAGUCCUGGCUGCUGCUGCUGCUAGAGGUGGAGGCGGGUGGAGCAGGAGGAGAGUCCUGGCUGCUGCUGCUGCUAGAGGUGGAGGCGGGUGGAGCAGGAGGAGAGUCCUGGCUGCUGCUGCUAGAGGUGGAGGCGGGUGGAGCAGGAGGAGAGUCCUGGCUGCUGCUGCUGCUAGAGGUGGAGGCGGGUGGAGCAGGAGGAGAGUCCUGGCUGCUGCUGCUGCUAGAGGUGGAGGACACAGGACUGAGGACCUGGCUGCUGCUUCUCCUCAAGGCCAAAAGUGUGUCUCUAAGAGGAGACCCAGGCAGACAGGGGAGAGCCAAUCAGUGA